AUGGCAGCAAAGCUCGACGUUGGAGUUGAUUUCACUAAAAUAUGUACUUCUCACAUGCACAGGCUGUCCAGAGGUCUGGUUUCUAUGGCUACUGGCAGCCUUCGCUUGAAGCACCCUGGCCUAAUUUAUUACAGUGAUUUGCUAGAUAUGUCGUGGCACAGGGGCCUGGAUGAUUCAGAUCUAUUGGUCACGUAUAGGUACCUUAGACCUCGGGAUAUUGGUCCCCCCUGCCUCACCGUUAAGCAUUCAGUGUCACCCGAGGUUGGAAUCCAUGGAAUUCCCACGAACAAUUUAUGCCAUUCCCAAAGUGACGGUGUAAGGUUAUCCAAGUUGUCGAUUGGGUUUGAUUAUAUUCAGCCUUCUGAAUCUGAUUCGAGCCAAGGCAAAGCAACCGGUGUAUACUUUAAGCGUUUUCACUUUUCACACGAUGGAGGUCGCUCUAUAAGCACAGAUCGAGAUGGUUUUCAACUGACUCGAAGUGGAGGUCCAGCUGAUAACAUGGUAGUGGUUAGUCAAGAAUCUCGAUUUGAAGAUCAAAAUGAUCACGGUUUUACUAACUUUAGUGUCCAGAUGGAACUAGGGACUCCAAUUCCACCAACCUUGUUCGCCUACUAUCGGUUUGAAGUUUCUGCUGCAAGAGGAAUCAAACUUGGACCAGCAUUGUUCUUUUCUAGGAUGAGUGGUGGAACAGUUAUGGGAUCCUUUGCUCCAUAUCAAGCAUUUGCAAUCGGUGGUCCCAGUAGUGUGCGAGGCUAUGGUGAAGGAGCAAUUAGCGUUGGACAAUCGUGUCUGGUAUCUACAAGUGAAUUGUCAAUCCCAUUGAACAAGAAACUAACAGGUGUUAUCUUCCUGGACUGUGGGUCUGAUCUUUGGAGUAGUGAUAAGACAAUCCAGGAGAGAGACAUGGUAAGCCAGGACUUGGGUUUGGCAUUGGAGGAGGCAUUCGAUUCAAAACCCCUCUCGCUCAAAUACAAAGAUGGUCGUAACAGCAGAGUUGCACUUUUUGAUGGUAUUGAGGAGGGUGGCAUCAGAGCAUCCUCUCUUUACUCAACUUCCCAUGAAAUUGAUGAACAUGGUAAUGAACAAGCAUUGGAUGGAUUGCAAGAUAGAGUGAAGCUGCUGAAAAGAUUGUCAGGUGAUAUAAAUGAGGAAGUGGAUAGUCACAACCGGAUGCUGGAUCGCAUGGGAAACGAUAUGGAUUCUUCAAGAGGAGUCCUCUCAGGCACUAUGGAUAAAUUCAAAGUGGUAUUUGAAACAAAAUCCAGCCGAAGAAUGUUUUCACUUGUAGCAUCCUUUCUUGUGCUUUUUCUUAUAAUAUACUAUUUGAGUAGGUAA